UAAAAAAGUAAAAACCCCUGUCUCAGGGUUCUCUAGAGACACAGCCCAAAGGCAGUAAAGCAGAUUUCUAGGCCUAAUUAGAUGCCAGGGGCCAAUCAGGGGAUAGCAGAGCCCCCUGAAAGCCCACAUCAGGGAGUGGUGAUUUCCCCGUUAUCACCUGAUUCUGUACAGACUGGCCGAGUGCCUGUGGGGAGUGUCAGUGAGGUGAUUAUCAGACAAACUCUGUGUCUGUGUGUCCCCAUCCGUCUCCUCCUCUUUCUCUCCCAGGUUCUGGCUGCAGAGGGAAAGGUUUGCCCCGUAGUUAAGGUGCUAAGUUAGCCUGCACAGAUCCUGGUUUUGCUCUGUGUGAAGUCAGGAGCCAUGGCCACAGACAACCCCGUGAAAAGUCUCCAGGAGGAAGCUACAUGCCCCAUCUGUCUGGAGUAUUUUAAGGACCCGGUGAUUAUAGACUGUGGGCACAAUUUCUGCCGAGCCUGCAUCGCCCAGUGCUGGGAGGGAUCAAAUACAGACAGCUCCUGCCCUCAGUGCAGAGAAACUGUGCAACAGGGAAACCUCAGGCCAAACAGGAAGCUGGCAAAUGUUGUAGAAAUAGUCAAACGGUUGAAUUUACAGGCAGCAAAGGGAGCAGGAGAGGAGAGGGUGUGUGGGGAACACCAGGAGGCUCUGAAACUGUUCUGUGAAGAGGAUCAAACUUCUGUCUGUGUGGUUUGCUAUCUGUCCCGCGAUCACAGAGAUCACUGGGUGAUUCCCAUAAAGGAGGCUGCCCAGGAGUACAAGGAGAAACUCCAGGGAGCCCUGGGCCCUCUGAGGAAGGAGCUGGAAGAGGCCCUGGCCCUGACGUCUAAAGAGGAGAAGAAAACCACAGAGUGGCAGAGCAAAGUGAAGAAUAAGAGAGAGAUGAUUGCAGGUGAAUUUAGCAAACUGCACACACUGCUGAGAGAGGAGGAGCAGCUGCUUCUGCAGAGCCUGGAGGAGGAGGAGAGGGAGACUCUGCAGAGACUAAGGGAAAAUGUAACCAAACUCUCCCAGCGAAGCUCCUCUCUGCAGCAGCUGAUCACAGAGAUCGAGGAGAAGUGUCAGCAACCAGUUGUGGAGCUGCUAAAGGAUGUGAAAAGCACAUUGAGCAGGAGUGAGAAUGUGAAACUCCAGGAACCAGAAGCUGUUUCUAUUGACCUGAAGAACGUGUAUAAAAUUUCUCUUGACGUGAGGGAAGCACUGCAGAGAUUUGGAGUGGACGUGACUCUGGAUCCAGACACGGCAAAUCCCUGGCUCGUCCUGUCUGAGGAUCGGAAACGUGUGAGAUACGGAGACAAAUGCCAGGAUCUGCCCCAAAACCCUGAGAGAUUUGAUAGAUAUGCCAUUGUCCUGGGCACUGAGGGGUUCACGGGCAGGAGGCGUUACUGGGAGGUGGAGGUGGGAGACAAGACGAGAUGGGACCUGGGGGUUUGUAGCGAAUCUGUGAGCAGGAAGGGGGAGUUUGCAUACGCCCCUGGGAAUGGAUACUGGGUCGUAUGGCUGAGGGAUGGGGGAUACAAGGCCGGCACCUCCCCCCCGACCUUCCUCCCCAUGAGCAUCAGGCCCAGCAGGGUGGGGAUUUUCCUGGACUAUGAGGCAGGUGAGGUCUCGUUUUACAAUGUGACUGACAGGUCCCAUCUCUUCACUUUCACUGGCACCUUAUCCGGGAGGCUCUGCCCUUAUUUCUAUCCUGGUGCCAAUGCUGGGGGUACAAAUGCGGCUCCCCUGAUAAUCUGCCCAGUCCCAGCUCAGGCCGGAGGGAAUCUCGGUCCCUGACAGUGACCCCGCGGCACAGACUGGCCCCUCCCAGCCCUGCUGCUCUUCCCGACCCUAGUGGUGGGGGCCAGUUACUGCAGCAACUGGAGAUUUUGUGCUGACCAGACGCUGCCAGUUUUCCUUUUCAAGUGGAGGGUCCAGUUGAAAACCAGACACCUGGCAACCCCCAGCCCUCACCUUUCUCGGCCCCUGCUCCUGCCCCAGGGGUAGCAGAUGGGGGUGGAUGGGGUCGUUCACUCCUGUCAGAAUUUUCUACCCCUGUGAAAUCUCAAUGUAAAAAUAUGAAAGAAAAAUUAUUAUUCUAAUUUAGAAAAUAUUUGUAAGUCUUUAAGGUGCCAAAGAAAAGAAAGUUACUCCAGGAAAUUGAUCACAAUUCCUCUGGGUUCUCUGUCCACCACCUUCUGGAAUGCUCUGUAAAAAUAGUGACUGAUUGGUUUAAUUCCUUGAAAUUAAUGAUUGAACCUAAUUUCUUGAAGAGCUACUGAGCAGAGUAUAUGGGGAAGCACAUGGCAUUGCUAGGACUACUUUUUGUUUUAAACGUGAUGUGUUAUGAACAUUUUCAAUAUAAUAAUUCAGUUCUGAAGAUUUACUCACAAUAUGCCAUUCAUGGUUGUGUGCCCUAAACUUACCUUGAUUAUUUGAAAAUAAAUACCCUAAAAUUAUCCUGUGAUGGAUUCAUUUGUAUUUUAUCUUGACUGCUGGUGUCUAGCUGGCAUGGGCUGCUGAAGCUAUGUGUUUUUACUAGUUUUUAACACAGGGAAAUUGUAAUCUAAAACUAGAUAAUUUUCCCCUAAAAUCUUCUUCAGAAAUAUCUGCGUUCCUUUCUCUAUUUCAUACUGAAUUAUGUGUAAUUACUGUGGUUUCUUAUCCAGUCUUAUUGUGUUAUUACAUGGGGAAAAUAUAUUGCCAAAUAGUAAAAAAACA